AUGUGGACAGGCGUUCAAACCGACACAGGAAUUGGAACGAUUUCUAGAAAAGACAGCAAUAGAAAUCCAAAUGGCCGACCAACAAGCGGCUGGUCAAUGUUCGACGAGUCAGUGUCAACCGACUCAUACUACAGACCAGACGUCUUAUUCGGCACCGAAUACAGCCUAAGUAGCUAUAAAACGGAAUAUUACUCAGGCUCAACAGAAUUUGGAACUACGGUGUACCGGCCCGAUACCAAUCGGCAAGCGACAAAAGAAACAACCCAAACGUCCGAUGAAUUUGGAGAUUCAGACGACGAUGCCGACAGAAGAAGACAAGGUACGCCAACGGACAACCGAACUGUUAGCACUCCCGUUCACUCGAAUAGCUCAAUAUGCGAAGAUGCAAUUUUCGCAAUCGAUCAAAGAAUCGACGAACUUUUUCGAACUGAUCGAAAUCAUAUACGGUAUCCAACCGGACACGGACCCAGUAUUCUAUCCGAUAACAGUAGUGAUUUUAAUGAUGGCAGUGUUCACAGCGACGACGGAAAUCCAAGCGACGUAAAUAUAUUUAUAUAAAUUAGAAUAAUCAAAAAAAAAAAAUAAUAAUAAUAAUAAAUUUUUUUUAUAGUCUUCAUCCUCAGAAGUGGAUGACUUGUUUACCGGAGCUAGCGACAGCGAUGGAGGAUAUGGUCACAACCGAGUACGAAAGCGUGACACAGAAAUUUACCAACACAUUGACAACCCUCCGGCAGAGCAUCCGGACGUCAUACGAGAGUUUGCCGAUAUCCUCGUUACUAUCGAUUGGCCGGGGGACUACGUCUACAUGUCCGAC